AUCAAGCUGCUACUUCAACAACACCUACCAAGUUUCCAAAACCUCACCUUACACCUGAUGCUAUAGCCAAAACCUCGCAGAGCCAUGAAGCAAUGGCCCCAUUGGCGUGGCACUCGCCUCCCGCGCUCCCUGCUGAGCCUACAGCCAUCGGCCUCGCGGGUCUUUAGCACCACAAAACCGCUCCGUCACGAUCCUCGCAUUCGAGACCUCGGGCGACUUAUACACGAUGACUACGCUACUAUCCGCGAGACCUACGCUACGCCAAAGUACCCCAUUGUCCUGGCUCACGGCCUAUUCGGCUUCUCCGAGCUCAGAGUCUCGCCACUUCUACCCACGAUCGAGUACUGGAACGGCAUCAAGCAGGCCCUCACGGCAAACAACUGCACCGUCAUCACCGCCACCGUCCCGCCCUCCGGUUCCAUCGAGGAGCGCGCCGCCAAGCUCGCCGCCGACAUCCUCGCGCAAACAACCGCCGCCUCGCUCCCCUCCGCCCAGGACGCAGAAGGCCAUGCUUCGCCGCCCGCCGUCAACAUCAUCGCCCACAGCAUGGGAGGGCUAGACGCCCGGUACAUGAUCUCCCUGCUGCGCCCGUCAGGCAUACAGAUCGCCUCGCUCGUGACGAUUGCCACGCCGCAUCGCGGGAGCAGCUUUGCGGAUUACCUGGUCGAGCGCGGCGCCGGGCCGCUCCACCUGCCGCGGCUGUACGGCGUGAUUCGGCGCGCUGGCCUGGGCACCUCUGCGUUCGGGCAGCUCACGACGCGGUACAUGCGGGAGGAGUUCAACCCGCGGGUGCGCGACGACGAAGGGGUGCGAUACUUUUCGUACGGGGCGGCCAUUGACGAGCCUUCGCUGCUGGGGGCGUUUCGGCUGCCUCAUGGGGUUGUGGACAAGAGGGAGGGGGAGAAUGAUGGGCUGGUCAGCGUCAAGAGCAGUCGUUGGGGAGUGUACAAGGGGACGUUGAUGGGAGUUAGCCAUUUGGAUUUGAUUAAUUGGUCGAAUCGCGCGAGGUGGACGGUGAGGGAGUGGAUGGGCAUGAGGAGGACGUUUAAUGCUGUGGCGUUUUACCUGGAUGUGGCCGACAUGUUGGCCAAGGAAGGAUUGUGAUGAGAUUGUGUAUUAAUAUGUGUAUGUGUAAGAUUAGCAUCAGUGCAGGACCGGGAGCGAUUCACUAGAAGAUAGAAGGCGCGCGAGUGAGACGGGAUCGAAGUUUGUUUGAACAGUAGGAAAAGCUUUAUAUAAAUUGUUUAUAAUAUGGUUUAAAACUAGAUUGUUGUAUGAGGUAUCAGGAGUAUUAGAAUAUAGAGAACAUAGCAUCCUGUGGC